AUGUUUGUGACUAAUUUAAAGGGGAACGGUAGAAAAUACGCCAAAAGCGAUGAUUUAUCAAAAGUUGUCGAUCAGGGGGUCCGGGAGGCCAUUGACCUAAUUAUGGAUAAACAGGGUCUCAAUAAGCCGUUUGCGCCCAAACUAUACAUUUAUAACAUGUUCGCCAAUAUCACCGGUACUGCCGUGUAUAGUCAAAAGUUCGACAUUGAGCAAGAUGAGUUUAAAAAGUUUAAAUACUGUACCACGGAUUUCCAAACUGACCUGGAUGAAAUGAUGAAAUACACCAUGGACAUUUAUGCAGCCCAUAAUAACACCUACAAUAAAGCUGUUAAACGCGACUUUUGCGACACUCUUAUUAAGGCUAAACAUGAAGCAGUUGAGCAAGAUAAGUUAACUGCACCUUAUUAUACCGAUGACAACCUAGCUGCGUCCAUGAAUGACCUUUUUAUGGCUGGUGUUGAGACCACUCAUACGGCAUAUCUGUGGAUGUUACUAUUCAUGGCUUAUUACCCGGAGUACCAACAAAAGUUGCGUGAUGAGAUUAAACAUGUGAUUGGCGAUAAAGUGCCCACUGUCGACGAUAAACCAAGUAUGCAUGAUUAA